GUUCGUCGCCGUUAAACCAAACACCAACAGACGUUCAGACCAAACUGGGAUUCUAUUAUCACUUUGGUCUCUGCUCUUCUGAUGUAUACGAAGAUAUCAUUGUUACACAGAAAGAGUUCUUCAUUCUCCAUAGCCAACGAGAAAAGAAUCCAUCAGUUUCUGAAGAAUCUCUGCACGGCUGUUGAAAGGUUAGAUUUUGGAAACUCUAAUGAUUCGUCACAAAUGAACCCUGGAGAAGGGUUCGAUGGAGGAAGCCAGAACCGAACUGGGAUCUCUGGGGAAGUUAGUGAAAGUAUUCACACACAAAGUCAGAGUUGGGGUUCGAAUCAGGGAAGAAAUGAGGAGUCAUGGAAGCAGAGUCCUAGUAUGUCUAAUUCUCAGGUCCAAUCUCAAUAUCAAGGCCAUUGGUAUGGGACAAACCCUGAUUAUAAUUGGCAUUCAGGUACGACUGUUGAUAGCGAGGUAUAUGAUAUGAUUGGGGAAUUCGAUGAAUAUUGCAUACAAGAGAAUGUAAGAGUGGCCUUAACUACUAUGGAAAAAUUGGAGAAGAAGGGUUAUGUUAUGGAUUUAGCUAGACUUUUAAGGUUAACACAGCUAUGUAUGGAAGAAAAUGUUUUUUACGAAGUCAGUGUUUUAGAAGAAGCCAAGGUUUCUGUUCUUGGGAAGAUCAGAGCUUUGGUUAACAACAAUUUAGAUGCGAAUUAUUUGAUGUAUUAUACUGACAUCAUGAUUAAGGAAUUUGACGAAUUUUGCAAGCAAGGUAAGGUGAAAAAGGCAUUGUAUACUAUAGAUACAUUGGAAAGCAUGAAUCAUGUUGUUAUUUUGAGUAGACUUUUACGGUUAGCGAAGCUGUGUGGGGAAGCAGAGGGUUUACAAGAGGCCAAGGUUGUUCAUGGGAAGAUUAGUUCUUCCGUUAGCCAUUUAGAUGUGAGUUCUAACCAUGUAUUGUUAGAAAUGUACUCCAACUGUGGGUUGGCGAAUGAAGCAGCGAAUGUUUUUGAGAAAAUGUCUGAGAAGAAUUUAGAGACUUGGUACAUUAUAAUAAGAUGUUUUGCAAAGAAUGGUUUUGGGGAAGACGCUAUUGAUAUGUUUGCUCGCUUUAAAAAAGAAGGAAACAGACCCGAUGCUCAACUAUUUAGAGGAAUUUUCUAUGCUUGUGGUAUGCUAGGUGAUGUUGAUGAGGGACUAUUGCACUUUGAGUCAAUGUCCAGAGACUACGGCAUUGUCCCUUCCAUUGAAGACUAUGUAAGCCUCGUUGAGAUGUAUUCGUUACCCGGAUUUUUAGAUGAGGCUUUGGAAUUUGUGGAGAGAAUGCCGAUGGAGCCAAAUGUUGAUGUGUGGGAAACAUUGAUGAAUCUUUCUCGAGUGCAUGGGAAUUUAGAACUUGGAGACAGAUGUGCUGAAGUUGUUGAAUUGUUAGAUCCUACACGGUUGAACAAACAAUCUCGGGAAGGAUUUCUACCUGUCAAGGCAUCAGAUAUUGAGAAAGAGAUUCUAAAGAAAAGGUCAGGAAUUCUUCACGGAGUCAAAAGUACGAUGCUGAACUUUAAGGCAGGGGAUACCAAUCUUCCUGAGAAUGAUGAACUGUUCCAGCUAUUGAGGAAUCUAAAGAUGCAUAUGGUGGAAAUGGGCUAUGUCGCUGAUACAAAACCUGCUUUGCAUGAUAUAGACCAAGAGAGUAAAGAGACAGCACUUCUUGGUCAUAGCGAGAGAAUAGCUUUUGCUCGUGCUGUUCUUAACACCCCGCCCCGUAAACCUUUCACUGUGAUGAAAAACCUUCGUGUGUGUGUUGAUUGUCAUAACGCAUGGAAGAUAAUGGCAGUUAUAGUUGGUAGAGAAGUGAUCAUGCGAGAUAUAAAGAGAUUCCACCAUAUGAAAAACGGGGCUUGCAGCUGUAAUGACUAUUGGUGAUUAACAACAAACCUUGAGAUUUAUCUUGUCUCUCCAGAUCCGAUUCUCAGAAAUACGUCCUCAUAAUGUCUGAAUUGGGAACUUUGGCAGGAUGGAAAAACAUAAAGCAAAGAGUCACAGAGACAAAUUUGUAUCAUAAGCAGCAACUUUUCCACCACGUCUUUUUUUUUCAGGCAUUUAUAUCGUGGGGCUGCCAUAUUGUUGUCAUAGAUCAAUCUCAUUCUCUUGUCCAUUUUAUGCAGUUUUUGUUUGUAUCCAGGUUGUGAUAAACUAUACCCUAAAUGCUAUUGUUUUUCUGAGUAAUGUUAUCAAAUGUGAGAAGGAUAGGAAUAGGAUGAUGUUA